GCACCAAAUUUAUGGCCCGACUAAUGCCUUUUUGUAAGUUUGGUGUAGUGAGUUAAAAAGCCACCCAUGAAAAAAAAGGAGUAAAAAGACACAUACCACAGCCAUUAUUCGUAAAUUCAUAGUCUUUUCUUAAUUGCAAAUAAAGGGGUAGUAAGAUUUUCUUUUUAACAGAAGUCUCAAAAAAGAAAAACUUAAAGAAAUGCAAAUAUGAGCGUGGGGUAUAUUCUCUGAGAAGCGUGAUUAUUAUAAUGAAGAGUUUCCCAGAUAAAGGGCUGAUCCUGUAGUCUUCUAUGAUUUCUAGCCGCUGAGUUGUGAUCUGUCAUUUAUCCUGUCAUGUAAUCUCCUGUCAUUGUGACAGGUUAUUAGGCAUUUGUUGUAACCACAGCUGGAGAUCACGCACCUGUUAUCUGUCUCAUUUAUGGUAAUCUGCGCCUUCAGGGAUUAAAUCCUUGGAAAUGAUACAGUUUACUGUACCGGGUUUGGAGGAGAACACAGGAGCUGAUCCUUGUAUAGAAGCAGUCUGAGCCCUCCCUGCCUACAGCCCCUAGAAUACAUCCCACACCUCUGCUGGUUUAUUGCUGCCGCUCACCACAGCUGGCAUCCUCCAGUAUCACAAUCCACUCCACAUCUAGAUAGGACAAGGAAGAUGCCACAUGGGAUUGAAACACAUGAACACAUCUUGGGUACUAAGGCAAUAUACAGAAGGCUGGCAUGACUAUUAGGCGAGGAGUCAGCAAUGGUUUGCAGGUGAAGGGAAGCAGAUGACUAAGUGAGACUUAGUGGGAAGCAGCCCCUCUAAGGAGGACAUGGAGUGACGUGUGGUCCACACCUGGCAGAGAAUCCUUCUUCGAUUGCUACCCACACAGUCUGAGAAACUGGUCGAAGGAUGGCGGAGGAGACGUUGGCACCGAACAAUUUCACUUGGUUCUCGGAUGUGCCAAAUGCCACCGGAGACACGUCUCACCCAUUGGGUGUCGACACCAACUUGUCGUCUAAAGUCUUCAUCACUGUUCUCUACAUCCUCAUCUUCUUGGUGGGUACCAUAGGGAAUGUGCUGACCAUAAAGCUGGUGCUGAAGAAGUGCAGCCUGCACAGUUUACAGGGCACAGUACACUACCACCUGGUGAGCCUGGCACUCUCCGACAUCCUCAUCCUGGUGAUCAGUAUCCCCAUAGAGCUUUAUAACUUCAUCUGGUUCCAUUAUCCCUGGGUAUUUGGAGAUGCCGCGUGCAGGAGUUACUACUUCCUACGUGAUAUCUGCUCCUAUGCCACCGUGCUGAACAUUGCCAGCUUGAGCUGCGAGAGGUACCUGGCCAUCUGCCACCCCAUGAAGGCUAAGAUGAUCAUGUCCAGGAUGAGGACUAAGAAGAUUCUUUCCGCCAUAUGGAUCUCUUCUAUAUUAUUUGCCCUGCCCAUGGCUUUUAUCAUGGGGGUAAAGUACCAGAACAUGACCCCAGAAGGAGAGCCUGACCCUACUUCUUUAGUGUGUACCAGCCUGGUGUCUUCUGCCACCCUCAAGAUCUUCAUACAGGUAAAUGCAUUCGUGUCAUUCGUCCUUCCAGUGACCUUGAUCGGUGGACUAAACUGCAUUACCGUGAGUCAACUUGAGUCCUUACGUUCCCGUUCUUGUUUGGCGUUGCACUCUACUUGCAAGAGCAACAAAGACGUACUUGAGUCCCGAAGGUCUGUCUCUUCUUCCGCCGGUCUAUCAAAGAUAAGUGUUGGGGGAACAAGUGGGAAGAAGAACCUGACUGUGUCCAGUGAACCCAACCGCAUCCAGGCUCUGCAGCACAGUAUUUACAUGCUCAGAGCGAUUGUGAUUGCCUACUUUGUGUGCUGGUUGCCUUACCACGCCAGAAGACUGAUGUUCUGCUACAUCCCGGAUGAUGAGUGGUCGGGGUUCCUCUAUACAUUCUACCACUAUUUCUACAUGUUGACCAACACAUUGUUCUACGUCAGCUCUGCUGUCAACCCAAUCCUCUACAACAUGGUCUCUUCUUCAUUCCGACAACUGUUUCUGGAGACAUGGGCCUGUCCUGCAGUAAAAGCCGCCUACAUCUCUCCAGAUCAGCCUCCUCCAACACCGAAUAGUAUCGUGUGUUACGUAUCCAUGUGUAACACCUGAACAGUACUGAAAUGCGUCACUGACUAAGGUGAUGAAAGUGCCGGUACACACAUAUGUGUCAUUGGUUAUAUCAUUAUAUCAGUGAUCCCUCAACUUACAAUGGCCUCAACAUACAAUAGUUUCAACAUACAAUAGUCUUUUCUGGACCAUUGUAACUUGAAACCAGGCUCAACAUACAAUGUAAAGACAGUCCAGAUCUGUGAAACAUGUCAAUGGCCGGAAGAACCGACCAAUCAGAAUGGGCAUUCACUGGUAAAACACCUGUAUAAGGCUGGGUCCACACUACGUUUUGUCCCAUACGG